CCAAGAAAAUCCCCAUCGCAGAGAGAGAGAGAGAGAGAGAGAGCCAUGGAGUUGCCCCCCGCCUCGUCUCCUCGCCCCCCCACCACCGUCCGGCGAAACCCUCCCCGGCGGGCAAAACAAACCCCUCUCGCCACCGCUCCGGGUCCCUCCUCCUUAUCAUCUGCCGCCGGCGGUAUCACCCCCUUCCCUCUUGACGAUAUCCUACAGCCCGAUCCGCCCCAAAUGCCUCCUCCAGUCUCCAAAUCCCCCGAAGCCAAAUCUGCCGACUCCUCCGAGAACCUCAAGGUAUUCCUUCGGAUCCGGCCACUCGAGAUCGGGCCCAGGCCCAGCCGGAAACCCUGCGGCAGCAAAGCCAAGCCUCGAGGGAAAUGCGCGUCGCCCAAGGGCGGGAAGAGCAAGAAGAAGAGUUCUUGCUUGGCGGUAAACGAUUCGCACUCGGUCACGCUAUCGGCCCAGCCCUCGCUGCUAGACUCGAAGCGCACCAAAAGCGAGGUGUACGAUGGCUUCUCCUUUGUCUUUCCACAGGAUUCUCUUCAGCAAGAAGUUUAUGAGAAGGUGAUGAAUCCUUUGGUGUUGGAUUUAAUGGAAGGAAAAAAUGCUCUUUUGGUUGCAAUGGGGCCAACUGGUUCUGGAAAGACUCACACGAUGUUUGGGUGUCCAAGAGAUCCGGGUAUGUUGCCCCUUGCAUUACGACAGAUUUUUAGUCAUGCAACUGGAAAUGGGGAUCCUCAUUCUUCAAGAUCAUAUUACUUAUCAAUGUUUGAAAUAUAUUCUGAACGAGGGAAAGGAGAGAGAAUCCUUGAUUUAUCUCCAAAUGGAAUUGAUUUGUCUCUCCAACAAUCAACCAUGAAGGGUCUUCAAGAGGUUAUGGUUUCUAGUCUUGCAGAAGCAGAGAGUCUAGUGGCAUGUGGAAUGUUGAAACGAGCUACCGCUACAACAAAUUCAAACUAUCAAUCAAGCCGAUCUCAGUGCAUCAUAAAUAUUCGUGCUGCUCAUAAAAAUGUGGAUGAUGAACAUCGUUUUCCCCCAAAUAAUGCUGUUCUUACUAUAGCAGACCUUGCUGGAGCAGAAAGAGAAAGAAAAACAGGGAACCAGGGCGCCCGACUGUCAGAGAGCAACUUCAUCAACAACACAUCCAUGGUUUUUGGUCUGUGUUUAAGAUCCUUGCUAGAACACCAAAAAAAUCGAAAGAAGCCAUUGCACAAGCAUUUCAAGAACUCUUUGUUGACUAGGUAUUUGAAAGAUUAUUUGGAAGGCAAGAAGCGCAUGACUCUGAUUUUAACUGUAAAACCGGGGGAGGAAGAUUAUGCAGAUGCAUCCUUCUUACUAAGACAGGCAUCUCCUUACAUGAAAAUCAAGUUUAAUAAUCUUGAAGAACUUGCAAACCUGCAUGGUCAGAAAAGAACUACAACAUCAUUGAUUAGAGUGGAGCACCAUAAGCGAAUGAAGAUUGACCACUCAGAAGCUUCAUUGGUUGACGUAGGAAAAGUUGAUACAGAUGCAAAUGACGAGAAUCAGAUGUCCAAAAAAGAGGUUAACUCCAAGAAACUCCAAGAGUCUACAAUACCUCAUGUUUUCCAUAUUUCUCCAAUAUCUCAUGAAAGAGCGCAUGUGGGAGUGCAAUGCAAUGAAGAAGUGUCUGUUGAGUUGCAAAAAAUAAAGAGAAAUGAAGAAGUCAUGAGGAAUUUUGCCAAGGCUUUAUGGAACGUUCUGAAGCAGUAUAAGCAAAAGCUUGAGGAUUCAGAGAGGGAAGCAGGAAAUCUGAAGGAGGCCCUUAGGAAGGAGAUGGCGAAGACCAUGGAACUGAAUAAAGAGUUAAAGAAAUUAAGCACCUGUUGUUCAUUCCAUAGACAUCCUUUCCCAGAAGAAAUUUUCUGUUCAGAUGUGGAUGCUCCAUAUGAAUAUUGUGCAGCUGGCCCAUUCAAACCUUUAUCAACCACUGAUGACUUGACCAAUUGUGAUGCAUUGCUCGAUGAUAAUACUCCUCCAGAGAUAGGAGGUCAGAUACACAUAAACAUGCCAGCGGUGGUGCUUGCCCAUGAAGAUUUUACAGAAUUGCCAGAAUUUGGUCUCGAAAUGGACUCAUCUAACUCAAAUCCUACAAGUCUGGACAUAAAAACUGCUAACAGAGAUUCAUCUUCCUCAAUUAGCUGCUCAAUAGUCGAUGACAGAACCAUUUGUUCUUCAUCAAAGGAGAUGCCUACACAACAAAAGGAAGAUAAAAAGAUGCAAACUUCAGAUACUGCAGAAUUAAGCAUCUCUCCAGGAGACGUUAAAAAAUUGAGCUAUGAGAAGGACAAAGGCUUCCAAGAGAAGGCUAAUAGAACUGGUGAUAAGGAACAGCUAAAGAAUAUUGAUGUAAGGGAGAUUUCAUACCCUGAAGGUUCAACAGACCAUGUCAAAAUCACUUUGUCUUCGUCAAAUGUGCAGAAGGCAUUGGUUGAGGAAAAGAAUGCAUGUUCAUCUCCAGUAAAAUAUUCUGAUAGCAUGUGUUCAAGCUUGUCCAUCAAUAAAGAUGCAAAGAUGCAGGCUCAUAAGAUUUUAUAUCACAAGCCUGAAAGCUUCCAAGAACAAAAACAAGACCAUGAAGACCUGCAAGGGAAAGAAGAUGGGCCUACUGAAUUAUCAUGCAAACCAGGUCCAGAAGAGAUGCAUUCAUCUCCCGAGAUCCAUUCUCAGACUCAUGAUCAUAUAAAAGAGGGUAAAGACAUAUUUCCUUCAGUGAGUCAACAGUCACAAGCAUCAUAUGCACUAUCUGUUAGAGACAUGAAAACAAGCAACAAAUGCCAGCUCGCCAAAAAUCUGAAAGAAGAAAAGUUUGACUCUAUAUCAAAACCUAAGGUUGCAGUGAAGCAUAAAAGGAGGUUGAUGCCUGCAUCAGCCAUGCUACUGAGGGAAUUUGCCGGUCUUGACAUGGAAAUCAAUAAACCAAAGGCUAUCCCUGGAGCAAGCCUUAGAUCCCUAUAUGCCAGCUUUAUUGGUCAAGCUUCGAUCUAGAAUGUUAUAGGCUUCAUGAGGAUGAUCCUUGAAGAGCACUGUCUCGCCUCUAGGCAGAAGGUCAAUCUUAUUCUAUUAGCUAUCUAUUUUUAUCCAAAGAUUAAGCUCAAGAUGAAGAAUGCAAUAAAGAAUGGUUGGAUAUUGAGUAAGUGGGGGCACUGCACUACCAACACGUUCCCAUCACUGGUUGGAGGCCACAGAGGAUGAAGUGCAUGGAUGUGGAAUAGUCGGUAUGGGAUUGCAUUGAGUGUUGCAGGCGAGAUCAAUGUCCAUGAUGGGCAGGAUUACAUUGGUGAAGUCUGUUCUCAGGUCUAUCCCAAUUAAUAUGCUAUCUAACACUAUUCUGCCUAAGUCUUAUCUAGUGAAGCUAGAAUAGUUUAGAAGCUUUCUUUGGUCCUCUCGAUCGGGAGGGGGUAGAGUGCAUCUUAUUGCUUGGAAUGUGAUUAGUUAGCCAACCAGCAAGGAAGGCCUUAGUAUUCAGUUCUGGUUGGUCAGACAUGA